AUGGCUCGCACACAAAUGAGCAACCGCAACCUCAUCCGCUCAGACGUCAGCGGCUACCCCAGCUCCCGACCCCAACCCAGCAGUCGUCCAACCUUCGCCAGCGUCAACAGUACCGGAGGCAAGUCGACGGGUGAGAAGAAGGGUAUGGGGAUCGGUAUCGGUCGUGGCAAGACUGCUAAGCGGCAUCGCAAAAUCCUCCGCGACAAUGUCCAAGGUGUCACUCGAGGCGACAUCCGCCGCCUCGCUCGUCGUGGCGGCGUCAAGCGCAUCUCCAGUGGCAUCUACGAGGAGGUGCGAUUCACGCUCAAGCAGUUCCUGGAGAAGGUUCUACGCGAUACGUGUGCUGUGGUGGAGAAUUGCGGCCGGAAGACUGUCUGUACGACUGAUGUCGUGUUCGCGCUAAGUCGCAUGGGUAGGACGCUUUAUGGCUAUGGCGAGGCUUCGCGCUAA